AGGAGGUGAGGCAGUAGUAGCGCCUGAGCCAGCUACGAGGCAAGACGUGCGCCGUUCCCAUCCCUGGACUCUCCCUUCCUUGCCUCCCUCGCGGCCAGCACACUUGACGGGUCCGCCCUCAGCACAUAGUGAAGGAGGGCGCGUGUGUAGCCGUGCGUGUGCGUGACUGUGGUGUUAGUUGCUCUUGAGUUGGUCGUGUGGCGAGGGGCGACCAGCGGAACCCUCUCGUAAUUGUCAAUAUUAAACUUUCUCAAGGAUAGCUUCUGACGGCACGUUCUGUAUCCACGAUGCUGUGCUUGUGGAGGAUAUGGGCCGCCAGCGCACUGGUUGCUGUCGCAGUGGCAGAAGGAGUACGACAUGAAGAGCCAUGGGUGUGGAGGCAGAACAGAAAGGCUUCCAGCAUCCCUGGAUAUGUGGAGCCCACCACAUCCACCUCAACCACCACCCAUGCACCCCCCAUCACUACCUUCCGGCCAGUGUUUAGGUCAGCAGAGCGAGGUCGCAGUACCUUCCGCGGUGCCUCCGCCAACCCCUACUAUCUGAUGAUGGUGGGUGCGCCGCCCCGCCGGGCAGAGGACGGCACCACAAAGAGCAGAGUUGUCGUAGACACUGCCUUCGAGGAAGACGGUCCUGAACCCCUCGUUCUGGGCGACACCUACACCACUGUGGACCGACUGCAAAGCUCAAGAGGAGCCCCACCUCGGCUUCCCCGCCCCCAGAGACACCAGCUGGGCGGCCUCCACCCUGAUGAGGUGUUCUACGCUAACGAUGACUUGCUCAUCACCCGAGGCGGUGGCUUCCACUCAGAAGUCUUCGAAGAGCCCUCGCAGCUCCUCGACGAAGACGACAUCGACACUAAGGAGGACAUCCCCGCAAGGGUUGGCUCCGCGGUGGCCCAUCCCCCGUCCCCACACCAAGAGUACAAUGGAAACAUCCCCAUCAUCGUGCCGCCACCCGCACAUCCUCAGACUUCACCCUUCUCCUACCUGGUGGGGGGAGCCUCACGCAACAACUUCAUGGUGGUGCCCUACGUGUACCCUCGCUCCUACACCAAGGUGAUCCAGCACGCCUCACCCCGGGUCAGGUACAUGUACUACCCCGGCCCCACCUGGCUGCAAACCAUUAGGCCCUACACGCUGCCCCACUCCCUGGCCGGUGACACUGAUGUCAACUUCUUGCACCCCCGCCCGCCCGUCAACCCAGACGCGGAGGUGUUUGCACAACCCAGCCAUUCCCGUCGGCGCCGCCCCCGCCUCUGAGCAGCGCCGCCUCACCCUGAAACACCUCUCACUCGUGCUUUGAACACUGACACACAACACGAUACACUUCACUCACGGCUCAUCCAUAUCUUUCUCAUCUCAAUUUUGUACAAAGGCUAAUCUAAGAAUAUAUUAGUUUGUCAAUAUCUAUUAUAUAUAUAAAAAUAUAUAUGUAUUAAGUUAU